UUGUAAAGCUUGCAUAACCCUCUACAAGCAGGUUCUCCAGGAAAAGUUUAAAGAAUUGAGAUGCCUAGAAAAAGGAAAGAAGAAACCCAGAACUUGGGGAAAUCAGGGCGAAAAACCAAGAUCCCUAAAAUUACAGUUGAUGAUUCUGGUCUGAAGUAUAUAACAUACGCACAAAAAUUAAAAAGGAAAAAAGAUCAGUCUGAAAAGGAAAAAGAAGAGGAAAAAAUUCCAAGUCAUGACUGCUGUGAAGUUGAUGCAGCAGACACACUUCUAGGACUCAAACCCAGGGCAUUGCCUUUCACCAUCAAUGUAGCCAGACCAUCAUACACUAUAAGUUCAAACCUAACACUUCAGCUACAUGGAUAUACAAUGGGAAUUCCUAGGAAAAGCCUAUAUAAAAGUGCCACCAAAUGUGUGAUAGACAUGUUAUCAGACAUGCAGAUAUCAACCAUGACCAGCCCAUUCAAUCGCCGAGUGACAGCUAUGGAUUGGCAUCCGACCAAUCCAGAUGUGGUGGUGGUAGGAUCCAAAGGUGGCGAUGUCUUUUGGUGGGAUACAAGCAACAUUGAGAAGCAGAAAUUCCAUCAAGGGAAAGGCUCUGGUGGAAAUAUUCAAGCUGUGAAAUUCUGGCCAUUAGAUGAGUGCAAAGUAGUUUCAGCUGGACUUGAUGGAACUGUAUCACUUCAUGACUUAAAUGGAAAACUGUCAUUUGUAUUGGCAGAUACAAUGAACUUUUAUGACUUCUGGUACUGCAGUGUGGAUGUUCAUGCAGGUAGGAAAUUUGUAUCAGCAGGGGACAAUGUUGGAAAACUGCAAUUUCUCUCCUAUGAGGGCAAAAAGACCUUUGAAUUUCGCUUACACAAGAAUAAGAUCACCCACUGUGAAUUUUCACCGAUGGAAGAGUGGAUGCUGUGUACAGCUUCUACCGAUCAAACUGUGCAGAUAUGGGAUGUCAGAAUGAUAAAAGAUAGGAACAGUUCCAUGUGCACCUUAAAGCAUGAGAAACCUGUCAACUCAGCUCAUUUCAGUCGCACUAACGGUUGCCGCCUCUUGACAACAGAUCAGUGCAAUCAAGUACGAGUGUAUUUAGCUCCUGAGUGGCAUCUGGAAAAAACAAUCUUACAUCCUCAUAGAUUCUUUCAACACAUAACACCUAUCAAAGCAACAUGGCAUCCCUUGUUGGAUUUAGCUGUAAUUGGAAGAUAUCCAGACCCCAACUUUGCUGGUUACCAUGAAAAUGAACUUCGAACUAUUGACAUCAUUGAUGUUGACUCAGAGAAAGUAGUAGCCAGACUUCAUGAUCCUUCUGCUCCAGGUCUUGUCUGUGUUAAUAAAUUUAAUCCAGCUGGAGAUACUUUGCUUUCAGGAAUGGGUGUUAAUUUGCUAUUAUGGAGGAAAAAGGAGGAAGCUGCAAAAAUUCAGGAGUCUUUUAUGUCAAAGUUAAGUGGAAGGGGUUUGGAUCGGAGUUCAAAUCAAGGUCAAUCAAGGACGGGAAGGUCAGGUCAGUCUCUGAGGGCAAAUGACAAAUUGAAGAAACAGACAGAAACCUCGGAGAAUAAGCAAACCAAAACCAAACUAAAUGUGAAAACUACAAAGGAAAACCAGAAAAAGAAGUGAGAAAUUGUGUUCCAACAUGUAUCAAUGUACAUGUAUAUUGUUGUUAGAAAACCAACUGUAGACAUUAAUUCACUAGACAAAGUACAUUAUGUAUCAAUGUACAUGUAUAUUGUUGUUAGAAAACCAACUGUAGACAUUAAUUCACUAGACAAAGUACAUUAUUGGGCACGAUCAGUUUACAGUAUUGUAUCUUUUCAAGUUCUAUAUCUUAGUUUUUUACUUUUCUACCAUAUAUACUAGCCUGUAAAUCAGAAUAUUAAGUGAAAGUUAGGAGGUAGAAUAAAGGCAUUACAUUUGC